AUGACAAUUAGCCGCGAUGCCGUUGUUACCGCGACGUUGGACACCGUUCGCACGGAGCUCAAAUUGACGGCACCGACGCCUGAGACUCUUCGCUACUUACGAGCGGUCCUUGGUCUGCGCCCCCACGACCUAUGCGACUCGAAAACUGCACGUGCCCCGGCUAAGCUGAUACCACCGAAAAAGGGUUCUGCCAAAGGCCAGCCUCCUGUGAGAGCUACCAACAAGCAACGUCAGAGACCAGGCGCAACAUUCGAGAUCCAUGAGGCCAAUGAUGCUCGACCACUUCACUUGUCGCAUAGUGAUCGUCUCAAAGUUGCUACCGAGGCCUUCAACCUCACGCUGAAGCACCUCGGAGAGACUAUCAAGGCACUGAAAGGCGACCGGGAAAGUAUUGCUACCAGCCAGCCGCCACUGCGUCCUCCCCAGCCUGACCGGGCUCUACAGGAGCGGUCCGGGAAUGGGCAGGGAAAUAGAGAUGCUGUCGGCCCAAAGAAGAACCCUCCAUGUAUCAAGCCAGGCGAUUCAGAAGUGGUGGCGGAAUGCUGCUUUUCCGCGGUGGAGUACCUGCGCAAAGCUGGCGCUGGAACAACGAGCUCUGACGCCAGCAAGAGUAUUGGGCUAGAGAAUGCUGCGUUGAUUCUUCUGGACAGGAGCAUCUCUCUGAACCUUGAGGGCCAUGCGAUCCGUCAGCUCUCUGAUAUUCAACAAGUGUAUUGGCGAAGCUACACGGAGGAGGAUGUCUCUUUUGAGGACGAUAUUGCGGGCUUUCUGCUUGGCCGGCCCGAUGCAGCUGACGACAAUUCCAUAUUCGGGUUCACAGCGUCCAUGCAAAGUCAAGCUCUUCGUCUUGCGUUGUUAAUGGGCCCUAAGUGCAUUAGCCCAGAGCUUGUGAAGUCGCUCGGACCCGACAAAGCUGGAAGUCCUGCCUGGAUCACAAUGCAAGGACUGUCGAAGGGACGACUCAAGCCUGAGCAGGCUGGACUGCAGCUUCGAACCAUAGCACUCGCCGCGGCUCGAAUGUAUGCAACAGCCAUAAAGUCCUCCCCAGAGAAGCCACAACCAGAAGUUCUUUUCGACCUGUUAUUCCUGUCUUUGCGCCUCAAAUUCGCAUCUUGGUCACAGUUAGGUGUCACACCCGAUCCAACGGCCGAUGUAUGGCGACCAUUUCACCACGCACUCAAGAAACUGUCAACGUAUAGCAGUGGUUUGAGCAUAUCGUCCAAACAGGUCGUGGACUCCGUUAUUUCGGUUCGAGGGCUGCUUACCACCGUAGGGUGCGCGCCUGAUAUACCUCUCGAGCUUGCUGAGACACUAAUGGACACCAUGAAAGAUGAUGAUGAAGAGGGGGGACUGGUAUACACUCUGGAAGAGAUUUUACCGAAGUUUGGAGGCCUGAACCUCGUGCUGCAUUGUCAGAUAACUACCUCACUGUUGAGAAGUGUCUCCCACAAUCUCUUAAAGGGCUUGAGCACGGCGGAACGAUUCGAACGCACACUUAACGACAGUACGGUAGUCUCACAACCAGAACUUGCCAGACUCCUUGUGCACCUUGCCCAACUCCGCAAAGCGGUCGCUGCACUGAUCAUGGCAGAUCAGCCGAAAGGUCACCUCCCCGGCAAUGAGGGAGGCCGACAAGACCUUCAGAUCCGCCUUGUUUACCUCCUAUAUGCCUCUUUCAGAUUUCUAAACCGACAUAUGACAGUAGCAUUGAGUCAGACGGCGGAAAAUCCCCCGAAAACCAUCGAACAAGCUUAUCUAAUGACCUUCAUAAAGAUCAUCGACACUGUCUUGUUCACGGACCGCUGCGCUGUCACACAGGCAUCUGAAUGGGCGCAAAUGGUGUGGGAGACUCUUACAGACUGCUCAGCAGCGAUAUAUGAUCUGCAGACCGGGUACCAUUCGGUUCACGCUCAAAGCUCGACGGAGAUUCAAUGCAAUCAGCUUCGACUACGGAUCUCCCAAAUAUUCUGGUCGCGGUAUAUAGCGGCAGUGAGACAGGGCAAAACCCCUCUGGAACAGGCCAUUAUACUUGAGCUAUCACUUCAAGGCCUCCUCGAGUUGCCUUUGUCGGAUCAGAGAUCUGCACAUCUCCCACUCAAAUUCGAGAAACUCGGGCACUGUUUUCUGGAAACGGACAACUCUGUAAUGGCUAUCAGUGCUUUUCGGAAUGCCAUUUCUGCCACCAUCAGACAAGGCUUACUCGGUGAUAUCGUGCAAUCCCUUUUGUCUGGGCCACUUCGUUGCGCUUGGUCCGAGCAAGACUCGAACCGCAAAGCUUUCGGAAAGGUUCUUACCGCCUACGGUAAGACACUACUCAGUCAAGCACCACGAAACGGCGGUAAUGAUUGCUUCUACGAUGACCAUUCCCUGCCAGCGAUUCAUCGAGCUGCUCUGAUAGAGAAACAAAUGCUCUCACUUCUUGAGCUGGAGUUGGGUGGUCACCAAUUCAGCGCUUGCGCUAGGAUGGUGGAAACGCUACAUCAUGUCUUGGGCCAGCCGGAGUACCAAGUGUACAUGUUGAGGUCCAUCAGCCAUCUUCUCGGUCUCUGCUUGGAAAGGAAGACGCCAGCUUCGACCUGCCCAGUGAAACCUGCUAUUGUUCAAGACCUGUUGAAUCGUGCGGAUGAAACAAAUGAAAAUGUCUUCCUGCGCAAAUUUGGACCGGCACUCCGAUCGCUGCUGUGCCUUCAGCACGGUUUCUUUAGUGGAUUGAUCACCCAUCAAGAGCUCGCCCAGGCCGUGCAGCACAUUUCCGACAUGGCCCACUCCUGUACAACUUUGGAGCAGACACAGAUGCUCUUUGAGGAUGGGACAGCACAUGUUCUUCCACUUCUACUCGCAAGCGACUAUGCCAGCAUGAACAACGACGACAAGACUGCUUUGGUGGCUUUGAGAACAUUGGAACAUCUGGCUAACCUUGGAAUCGACGCUCCGGGCCUCUGCAUGACAAGCAUUCUCCUCCGCAAGAGCAAUAUCCACCUGAGAAUGCAGGAUGCCCAAUCUGCGGGAAUAUCGCUGGCAAUAGCCAAUAAAAUGCUUGGAAGCGUCAGAACGGAACCGCUAUCUGAAGUCGAGUUGAACCUGUCAUAUUCUGAAUACCACCUACAAGUCCUGAAUCUCGAAGAAUGCAUGCAUUACCUGCUUCGAGCCAAGGGUGCAUGGGAAGGCCAAGGCAUGUCGGCUGGACCGUUAUUGACAAAAUCUAAGCUGAAAGGACAAGCUCUGCUUUGCAGAGCAGCCUAUCUAGCGUCACAGUUGGCUUACAAGCAGCAUCAACUCCUGGAGGCCGUUGUUCUCGCAAGACAAUCCGCCAAGAUCGCUACGUCUAUCUGGUCCUCAAUUAACAACUUGUGGGCUUCCACAGCCUGUUCAAAAUCGACUGCUCCAGCAGAAGCUGAGAUACACGAUAUCUCUACUCAAUUUUCAAAGCUCGAUUUGUCCAAGCAGCCUGCUUUGCGACUGACGGCCGACUCAGUCUCCUGUGCGCCCCAUGUUUGGUUAUGCACCGAUGUCUUCAGACAUAUGGGAUCCUUGAUGUCCCAUUGCGGGAUCUAUCAAGAUGCUGCAACGUUCUAUGAGCAGGCCCUGAAAAUAUCAAGGACAACGCAUCGUCCAACUGAUACAGCGCUUGUUCUGAGCGAAUUGAGUGUCCUACAUGCUCGAGCGGGGGAGUUUGCAAAAGCCAGAGAGGUGAUUCUAGAGUCGCUUCAGACGGACGUUCAAUGCGCCUCGGAGUACCGCCAGGCACUCGCCUCGGUCAACAGAGGCGAGGCGUAUCUGGUUAUGAAAGACUCGACAGCGGCUCACCAGUGCUUGGCGGAGGCAAAGCAGCAUCGGGCUUCGAACGUCGCCAGUAGUGACGAUCGUGUUGCCCGUCGGGUUCCAAAAGGCAAAACGACUAAAUCCACUGCAAAGAAGCCCGUGAAGCAGGGCCCAGCUAGGCGCCGGAAAGACAACGAACUCAGCUUAACCACAACGCCAUGUGUGUCAUCUACACUGGAGCUCAGAGAGGUCGACACGAGAAUAUCCGCCUUAGAAGCGAGACUCAUGUUCUUGGAACGCGAGGUAGGAGCGGCGAUAGUGUGCAGCGAUAUCGUCGACUGCCAUGACGACGCAGACGGACAUCUGUCGAUUUCCGUUGCUCUCAACUUGGUUCGAGCCGCCCUAAAGCUUUUCUCCGAUGAUGCCAUACACAGCGUGCUCGCUGAAACAGCCGUGGCCCUUCCUGUGAGGUAUAGGUCUGCAAGAAAGAGUGGGAGGGUGUCUUUUGUACAGAGUGCAGCUUUCGUGAACGCCAAAACUCGGUUCACGAAGCACAAAGCUGAGAACAGCACGCUCAACAAGGGGAGCACGUUAUUGCUUCAAGCUCAUGAUAUCCUCCAGCGACUGAACGAUCCCCGGUCGAAUCGGCUUUCUUCUGAUCUUGUUCACACGUGUUACAAGAUUUUGACGCAGAUAGCUCUACUCUCCACUGCCUUGAAUCAGCCAUUGGUUCCCUCGUCCCUCGACUUGGUAUUGGAUAUAACACGUCCGUUGGAUAUGGCACGGCUUCGUGAAGACUUCGUCACUUUAGGCGAGCUCAGCGCGACCCGAAGAACUGGAAUUCAGGGAUGGCCAAGCACCGACGAGAUCAAGAACGGAAGAUCUCUGGGUUUGGAACGAGUGAAGGAAUUCGAUAUGGCCCUCCUGCCAGCUUCGUGGUCGGUGGUCUGCCUGGAACUCAGCGAGGAUAAGAACGAGCUCUUCGUAGCCCGCUUGAGGCGUCAGGCAUCUCCGUUCGUGGUCAGAAUCCCUUUGGCAAGACCAGACCCAUCAGAUGGAGAGACCGAGGAACUCGACUUGGCCAGCGCGAGAAGAGAGAUGCAGGAAAUUACCGCGAGAGCCAACGCGACAGCACAUGAUGCGAGAGGGUCUUCAGCCAACAAAUCAGUCAGAGGAGCUUGGUUUGCCGAGCGUCGAGCCUUGGAUCAGCAGCUGUCGACUCUUCUGGAUAACAUUGAGAAUGUCUGGUUUGGCGGUUUUCGUGGAUUGUUCUGUGCUACUCGCCGAAACGAGCGCCAGUUUAUGGGUUUUGGACAACGAUUCAACUCGAUACUGGACAGGUACCUUCCAUCCAGGCAGAAGACGUCGCGAUCAGGUGACUCCCCGGUGCAACUUCACGAUCAUGUGCUGGAGCUCUUUGUUGGACUUGGCCAUCCUCGCGAAGUCGACCUGGAGGAUGCGAUCACAGAUCUGUUAUACUUUGUAGUUGACAUCCUCCAGUUCAACGGUGAGCGCAACGCAUAUGAUGAAAUUGAUUUCGAUGCCAUAUUGGUUGAAGUAUUGGAUGGACUGCAUGCCUACCAUGAUGCGACACGGCUCGACUGUGACAAGGACGACCACACAAUACUCGUCUUGGAUAAAGAGUUGCAGGCUUUCCCUUGGGAGUCGCUGCCGUGCCUGAGAGGGCACGCUGUAUCCAGAAUGCCUUCGCUAGGCGCUAUAUGGAAACGGUUGGGCACGAUGAGUGAACAGUCGCCGGCCUCCGAAGCAUACAAGAUCCGGAAAACAAACGGGGCGUAUAUACUCAACCCAUCUUCAGAUUUGAAGUCGACGCAAGAAACUUUUGGCCAGAUCUUCCAGGACCAGUUGCCUGGCUACAAAGCCAUCAUCAACCGGCCACCAGAAGCAGGUGAAUUCGAGACAGCGUUACAGGAGCACGAUCUGAUGCUGUACUUCGGUCAUGGCGGCGCUGGGCAAUACGUUCGGCCUCGCACUAUCCGUAAAAUGGACAAAUGUGCGACAACGCUGCUGAUGGGCUGCAGCAGUGCCAAGCUGUCCGAGUGUGGCGUCUACGAACCAUCCGGCAUGCCUUUGAGCUAUCUCAGUGGAGGCAGUCCAGCAUUGGUUGGGACUCUGUGGGAUGUCACGGAUCGAGACAUUGACCGAUUUGCUUUGCAGCUCAUGGAAAACUGGGGAUUGUUGAGUGUAGGAAGUGGCUCUGGAGGACCAAGUCUGAAAAAUCCAACCAAGAGUAAGGCAGAGAAGAGUCAAAAGCGUGGACCGGUGUCUCUGGAUCAGGCUGUAGCAGAUGGUCGGGAGGCCUGUAUGCUAAAGUAUCUCAACGGGGCAGCGCCUGUCAUGUAUGGUGUGCCCACAAUUUUGGAGUAG